AAGAGGAAAAUGGUCGACCAACGAGUAAUGGAGGCGACCGUUUAGUCGUUUAUUGUACCAUGGAGGAAUUACUUUCUUUGAAGUGGAACAACAAUCGUUCCACAUUUCUCCACAUUUUGGGCGUGCUCAGGGACAAGCAGUCUUACACUGAUGUGACCCUGGCAUGCAACGGCAAAUUCUACAGUGUCCACAAGUUGGUGUUGUUGACGUGUAGUGAUUACUUCUGUGCCAUGUUUGAGAAAACUGCUUGCAAGAGCCCUGUUAUAGUGCUGAAAGACAUCAAAAGUAAUGACCUAGAGGCCUUGCUAGACUAUAUGUACCUUGGUAAAGUGAAUGUGAGACAUGACUUAGCGUCUUUAAUAAAGGCUGCAGAAAACCUUAGAAUAAAAGGACUUGCCGUACCUGAUGAUGAACCCCCUUUCAAAAAGGGUAGUGUUGGUGCUCCUAGUCGUAGAGACGGUGGUAGUGGUAUUCCCCCUGCGAAAAGAAAACGUAGAGACGAAAGUGAAGAUGGUAAGGAAGAUGUAAGACCCUCUUUGGGGGAGUUGCAUACCCCUCCCCCUCCUUCUUCUAGACCAAAGAGCCCUGGAAUUCGUCGGCUAAGUCCUUCUCCCCUUAGAACCCCUCAGGAGUCUCAUGCCUCAGAAGACCGUGAUAACCGUCCCCUCUCUUCACCGGUGGAGACUUCUUCCUCACACUCGCAAGCACAAAUACCCCACCAGUCAUCACAGCAAUCAUCGUUACAAUCUGCCCAACAAUUAGGUGAUCAAAUUUCUCAGUCGAUGGGUAAUCAGUUCAGAGGGGAAGAGACUCCGUUUGUGAAAGUGGCAUGA